AUGAGGCCGCCCCUCCGGCCGGGCAAGCAGAUCGCUAGCCCCCAGGCGACGGCCUCCCGCCCCGCGAUCUCCCCCUCCCCCUGCGGCAAGGAUCCGGCCGGCCGCCCCUGCGCCCCACGCGCUGGCCUCCCCUGCCCGCCGGGGGCGCGGCGAGGUCCAGUGGCAUGCGGCGUGGCCGGCGUGGGCGUGGGCAACCUCGACGUGAUAGGGGAAUGGCUGGAUGAUGGGGAACUCGAGGAGACCACCAGCGACGCGCUGCUGAGCACGUGCCGGUGCCUAGUGCUGGAUGUCUCCUGCCAGCCCGUGGGCGUGCUUGGGUGGAAGCGCGCGGUGCUGCUGGACGUGAUGAAGAAGGCGGAGGUGCUCGAGUACCACGACGUGUGCGUGCGGUCGGUGUCGAUGAGGCACCCGAUCCCGGCGGUGGUGCGCGCGCAGGCGGUGCUGAAGCACCGGGGCCGGGCGCGCGUGGCGCUCAACCGGACCACCGUGCACCUGCGGGACGACGGCAGGUGUGUAUACUGUGGGUCGCGGUCCAACUUGACGAUCGACCAUGUGGUACCAAUUUCGAAAGGCGGUCCCAAGGCAUGGGGAAAUGUGGUGACUGCAUGCAUGCGGUGCAACAACAAGAAGGGGGACCGCACGCUGAAGCAGAUGGGAUGGAAAUUGAAGAAGGAACCCAAUGAGCCAUCGCCGUUCGACGUGAGAUUUGUGCUGAUGGCUGGUGGCACAAGGGAACGACCCAGGCAAUGGGCAAACUACCUACAAGGGCUUGUGGGCAUGAAAAUGUGA